AUGAUAAGAAACUGGCUAAUGAAGGACGGGGAUUUUUCGAUGAAUAAUGAAACAGACAGUGGAGGUACAACUGUGACAGCCCUCAAGUGGUAUGAUAACCGUGCGGUCUACUUAGCUUCCUCUUUUGCUACAUCUGUUCCUAUUGAACAUGCAAGAAAGUAUGAUAAAAAAUCAAAAGAUUAUGUUGAUGUCCCCAUUCCUCAUAUUGUCAGAAUGUAUAAUGAGCACAUGGGAGGAGUGGAUCUACAUGAUCAACUGCUGUCGUAUUACAGGAUGUCUUUUCGUUCAAAAAGAUACUACAUGCGACUUGUCUUUCAUAUGAUAGAUAUAACUGUCAUAAACUGUUGGUUGCUGUAUCGAAGGGCUGCUGAUAAAGCGGAUAUACCAAUGAGGAAACAGAAUUCCCUAUCACACUUCAAAUUGAGACUCUCGAAAUCACUCAUGAUUGCAGGUAAGCAAAUGAAUCCUGCGAAGCGAGGCCGUCCCUCAUCUGUGGUGAAAGCUUUCAAGGAUAGGAAAACGAAAGGAAAAGCAACAAAGCCCAUUCCUGAAGAAAACGUCAGACUUGAUGGUGUGGAUCAUCUCCCUGAUUAUGCUGAAGUUAGGGGAACGUGCAAAAUGCCUGGAUGCACGGCACGAGCUUUGAUAUUCUGUCAUAAAUGUAAUGUCCACUUGUGUUUUGAGCGGUCUCGUAAUUGUUUCAAGAAGUUUCAUGCUGAAUAG